UGACAAGUGACAACGUAGCAAUGUUUCUUUCCUGAACGCCUGUCUGAAUUCUUGCGGUUGUCGGUUUGUCCUCUAUCUGUUUGUGUAUGUUAUCUGAGUCCAGAAAGGGAGGACGUUUCUUUCAGGGCCAUAAACCGCUCCAGUGACCAGCGUUUGGUCUCGAGAAGCGACGUGUACAGGAAGUGCGCUAUGAGCUGCACAUAAACAGUCCGCUCACGGUGCUUCAACUACAUUUGGCCAUUGGCUUCUAAACAUUCAUCUGAAAUUUCAUCUUUGGAAAGGACCUUUCAAGCAGACGAGUAGCGUUUCAACAGCUGUUUAUGACAUUUAUCAGAAAAACCAUGUUUAACCGGAGAAGAUCCCAGCUUAUCCGCCUGUGCGCCUCAACUUUGGCAGUAUUUGUGAUGCUGGCUUUGAAUGUUCAGGCCAGGCCAGCUAAUAUGUCAGCAUUAAAAGACAAACACCCCAGCAGUAAGGAGGACAACGAGAUCCUUCCACCCGACCAUCUGAACGGCGUGAAGAUGGAGAUGGACGGUCACCUCAAUAAAGACUUUCAUCAGGAGGUGUUUCUGGGGAAGGAGAUGGAGGAGUUCGAGGAGGACUCAGAGCCCAGGAGGAACAGGAAGAAACUCAUUGAAAUCUUCACCAAGGUGGAUAUUAAUAAAGACAGGAGCGUCAGUGCUAAAGAAAUGCAGCGCUGGAUCAUGGAGAAGACAGAAGAACAUUUUCAGGAAGCUGUUAGAGAAAACAAGCUCAGUUUUCGUGCCGUGGACCCUGAUCAGGAUGGACAUGUAACUUGGGAUGAAUACCGUGUGAAGUUUUUAGCCAGCAAAGGGUUCAAUGAAAAAGAAGUGGCUGAGAAGAUCAAAAACAAUGAAGAACUGAAAGUGGAUGAAGAAACUCAGGAGGUUUUGGAGAGCUUGAAGGAUCGCUGGUUCCAGGCAGAUAACCCUCCAGCUGACCAGCUGCUGAAUGAAGAGGAGUUCCUCUCGUUCCUGCACCCAGAGCACAGCAAAGGCAUGCUCAGAUACAUGGUCAAAGAGAUUGUCCGAGAUCUUGAUCAAGAUGGAGAUGGAAAGUUGACUCUUGCCGAAUUUAUCUCUCUCCCUAUGGGAACUGUGGAGAAUCAGCAGGCCCAAGACAUCGAUGACGACUGGGUUCGUGAAAGGAAGAAGGAGUUUGAAGAAGUCAUUGACGCUAACCAUGAUACGAUAGUAACCAUGGAAGAGUUGGAGGAAUACAUGGACCCUAUGAAUGAGUACAAUGCCCUGAAUGAAGCCAAGCAGAUGAUUGCUGUGGCAGACGAGAACCAAAACCACAACCUGGAACUAGAGGAGAUCCUUAAAUACAGCGAGUACUUCACCGGCAGCAAACUCAUGGACUAUGCCCGUAACGUACAUGAGGAGUUCUAAGACGGUCUCCUCAAGUCUUAAUGAAUAAGAAUAGCAUGUAUAUAUCCCUAGAGUGUCGCAAGGAUGAUGUUGGUCCUUGCUUGCUUCCCAGAUUGGGAUCAACAAGUGCUUUUGGACGUGUUUGUAACUGUACAUACCUGCAAGCUACAAAACCUUCUCUAAUUUUGCAAUGUGCAGGUAUGACGCAUUACAUGGACUCUGCCUUCAUAAUGUCAUAGAUGUGAUUUCCACGAGCCCUAUAAAUUCCUAUAUAAUUCAUGUUAGACACCGUCACUUUCAUGAAGUUUUUGAGUGUUGAUAAUUACGUGAAAUGUCUGUAUAUGAGGAAUUGGUGAGGGGAAAGAGUUUUUUCAAUUUCCAUUGAUUUAAAAAAAAAAAAAAAAUAGAUUAAUGUAAAUAAUGUAGUUAAUUGGAGUGCCAUAAUAUAUAAACAUAUUCCCAUUUUGGGUGGGUUUGCUUUUGACAGGGUUUGAGCUUCCUGAGCUAUAAUGUGUUAUUUCCAAAGAUGACAAGCCAGCAAAAUGAGUUGGGUGGUAAUUUUGUUAAAACUGUAAUAGCACUUCUAUUUGAAAUCCAUAAAUGCAAAGCAGUUUAAAAGUCUAAUAAAGAAAUCAUAUUAAUUGAAAGUGUAUAGGAUAAUGAAUCUGUCAAUAUAAAGGCUUAUUUACAUUUUUAAGAACCCCAUUAUUCACAGGUGUUGAAGUCAUAAUUGUAUAUAGCCUGAAUAUUAUUUUAUUACUUUUAAGAAUUUAAUUUACCCUAUUACCUCAGCAAUCUCGUUCAGUUAAAUAUAGUCAGUAUAAUAGAGCAGCUUAUUCCCUGUUGACAUUGAUGUUACUCCAUUGACACCUGUUUGAGAGUUUGUUAAAAGUAAUUCAAAGUUAUUUAAGUUGAACAUAAAAUACAUGCUUUCAGGGAAAUUUGAUUAUUAGGAACUAUAAUUUACCCUUUUUAAAUUAUGAAAAUGGAAGGACCAUGUAUUUUCUGGAUUUGAGAAUAAAGUUUUAUUAAAAUACACAUUUGCCUUAAAAUAAAUAGGUUAAUGUGUCCUAUCUGUGUAUAAAUUUGAGCUCUAGUUUUUAUUUUAUGUUAUCAACACCCAUUUAUGUGUUUUUCUGGAUGUUAAAAUACAGCUGCUAAUGUGUUAAUAAUCAUCUUUGUACACAACAAUGACUGGUCAUAUAUUACAUUCAUUGUGUGGAAGUUCAAUUGACUUGCUUAAAGUAAAAAGUAUGUUGUGAAGCUUUUAAAUGCAUUGUGUUGCAUUAUAUUGAAAUAAUAUAUUUUCAUAAUGUUAAUCUGUAUUUAUGCUAUACAGUACUCAUAAUCAAUGCAUGAAAUUACAUUACCUUUAAAAUUACUUAAAGGUUAUGCUGUGAAAUGUAAACACUGGUAAUACUUAAAUAGGUAACAGGCUGAAUUUUUUAUUAUAAAAAAUAAAUGAAAGCUACUCUAA